ACAACCCUACCCGCAUUUUGCAUCCGUCGUUAGUUCAGGCCGUCGGCCGAUCUGAUCUUAGACCCUCUCUGUUGGGUGGAGACUCGCCUGAUAGUGCCUCCCCCCCCCGUCUGCCUUGAGACAGCCGCUGUUGAUGCAAUCAGAUUAAGGAAACACUCGCUUUAAUAUACUCGCGCCGUCUGGAUAAGUGACAUUGCCCUUUGGCUAUGCUUAGAUCUGUCCUGCGUCAGCGAUCCUUUAUCGGGCGACAUUUGCGCUAUCGAGAACGUUCAUCCCCGCAUCUCAAACCGCCUUUGCGCAUUUUGUGAUUCUGUGAUCAAUAUCAACGGCCAUGGUCGCUCUAUCAAGGGGCCCCGGAAAGGCCCGUCGACCCCCAAUCACUCUGCUUUUCGUGUUUCUUGCCAUACUUCUUGCACAAGUAUCCGUCGCCCAAGAUGCGACAACGGACGACAGUACGACAACCACCACAAGCGUGAGCUCGAGCACUGAGUCUACCACAACUUCAUCAUCAUCCUCGUCCUCGUCCUCGUCCUCGACAAGCGCUACAACUACCACUUCCUCGAAGAGUAGUGCCACAACGACAGCUUCAACUAUGUCAAUUAGUGGAGAUACCUCGUCAACAUCUACUGGAUCAGCGACUUCAUCUUCGUCCUCAGACGGUUACCCCAUCGUCACUGUGCCGCCGACUGCAGAUGCGCCAUAUAUGCAGAAGUCUAAUAUCCCGGAGGGAACCCUGUUCAUUGCCGUUGGAGCAGUUCUGGGGGCCAUCGGGCUUGCAAUUCUAGCAUGGCGCGGUAUAGUUGCGUGGUCUGUUAAUCGCUCCGUCCGCCAAGCGGCAAUGACGCGCUCGUCCGAGUCGAAAGGCCUCUUGCGUUCGAAGAGAAGAAAGUCACGCGCUCGAAGAUCCUCCUCCACAGGACCUGGCGUCGCCCUCGACAAGCUCGGGGGAGCCGGUAAUCACCAGCACCACCGUCACAGCCACCACAGCCACCGACACCAUCGAACUUCCAAGGGCCCCAGCGCCAACAGCGGGCUCUUCUUCUCCCCAACCGCCGGAAUGCAGCACGGCAGUGGUAUUCGCCGCUCCAGCUACCUCCCCGCGGGCUAUUACAACACCAACAACGCUGGGACUCCCCCGCGCACCCAAGAUGCACGCUAUUCCGCCGCCGAUCUGACGGGGCUCGGGGGUCCUCCAACACAAGGCUAUGCGCGAACUAAGUCUGGCCCCAGUCCUCCCGAGUCACCUGGUCUACCUCAAUACCACGAUCAGCAGGAUACCCCUCCUCGUCGCAGCACCCGGCGGUCUCACGUCGAAGCUUCCACCAGCACCGUAAAUCUAGCCUCUCCGCCAGCCGGAAGGACUCCGAGCGCAUACCUAGAAGAUUUAUUCGAUAGUCAUCCGCCUCAGGACCGGGCAUGAUCCUUGUCGAGUGGAUGGCUAUACCUUCGUAUCUACUGUUCUUCACAUUACUUUUAGGUUAUCUUCCGCGCUGAUUCCAUAUACCUUCGUCCAAAUCUUACCCCAUUCCUGUGUCUAACUAUAUUAUUUCCUGUGCAUAACAUCUCGUGGCAUUGAUGCAUUUUGUUGUCUCUAGUAUACAAUUUCCUUUUCG